AUGAAUCAAAUGUAUCUGAUCAGAGCAAUAUUUUCAUAUGGGAAUUAUGACAACAAAAACACAGUUGCAGUCUUCGAUCUCUACGUUGGGGCCAAUUAUUGGACAACAAUUCGGCUGCCUAAUGCAGCUUACUUCCAAUCCGAAGAAAUCAUAAUCCAACAGCUUCCUUCUGAUCACUUGUUUCAAGUGUGUCUGGUGAAUAUUGGACUAGAUUUCAUACACAUUGACUGUGGAGAAAGUCGGGGAUACAUUGAUCCUGAAACUGUAAUCCCGUAUCAGGCAGACAUGGAUUUCGUAGAAACAGGAAAAAAUUCAAUGGUGGCCCCUGAUUUAAGAACUGACUUAGAUCAUUUUGUUUUCGGAAGACAACUGAAGACGCUGAGAUUUUUCCCAGAAGGAAAAAGGAACUGCUACACCCUGAAACCAAAACUGGGCAACAAUUACCUCAUCAGAGCUUUCUUCGCAUACGGAAAUUAUGAUGCCCAAAAUCGAAGUCAUACAUUUGACUUGUACCUCAAUGUCGAUUUUUGGGAAACUGUUCAUUUUAACGAUGACACUGAUGGUUAUGAAUUUGCAGAGAUUAUCCAUACUCCCACAACUGACACCAUCCUCGUUUGCCUAGUCAACACUGGCCUAGGAAUCCCUUUCAUUUCUAUGUUGGAACUACGACCUCUUAUCAACUCUGUUUAUAUAAUACCAUCUCCUUCUCAAUCACUACUAGUCCUUGAUACGAGAAUCGAUGUUGGUUCCACCGAGUUUAUUUCAGGCCUGUUUACAAGGUUUAAGGAUGACGUGUUUGAUCGUGUGUGGCAUGUGGACGAUGUUUUUGAAGAUCAAGGUUUGGAAAAGAUCAAUACGUCGCAAUAUAUUGAAGUUGGAAGCAGCCGAUAA